AAGCUGUGCAGUUGACUAUAUAUGGUCAAAGCUCGGCGAGGGCUGCUCGCUAGGCUCUUGCUUCCGGGUUGUGGAAGGCUUGGCCGCCGCCUGCACCCGCUGGAGCUGCAAGACCGGGACCCGAGCGGCCUCAGAGCAGGAGCGACAGUAAUAGCCGUGUCCUGCCGUGCACGGGGCGCUCUGCGGUUUGGGGGUGGCAAGGGCGCUUGGCUUGGGCGGCGGGACCCGGCGGCCGCGGUAACAAGUGGGCGAAGAUGCCUUACGAGAUCAAGAAAGUGUUUGCCAGCCUGCCACAGGUUGAAAGAGGGGUUUCCAAAAUCAUCGGAGGAGACCCGAAAGGCAACAAUUUUCUCUACACCAACGGAAAAUGCGUCAUCAUAAGGAACAUCGAUAAUCCUGCCAUUGCAGACAUUUACACGGAACACGCCCAUCAGGUUGUGGUGGCCAAGUAUGCGCCUAGCGGAUUCUACAUCGCAUCUGGAGAUGUCUCUGGAAAACUUAGAAUCUGGGAUACCACACAGAAGGAGCAUCUCCUCAAAUAUGAAUAUCAGCCUUUUGCCGGCAAGAUUAAGGAUGUUGCCUGGACCGAAGAUAGCAAGAGGAUCGCAGUUGUUGGAGAAGGAAGAGAGAAGUUUGGAGCAGUCUUUCUUUGGGAUACUGGCUCCUCCGUUGGGGAGGUAACUGGACAUAACAAAGUAAUCAAUAGUGUUGAUAUUAAACAGACUAGGCCUUACCGACUCGCAACAGCCAGCGAUGAUAACUGUGCGGCCUUCUUUGAGGGACCACCCUUCAAAUUCAAGUUCACGAUUGGCGAUCACAGCCGAUUUGUCAACUGUGUGCGGUUCUCUCCAGAUGGAAAUAGAUUUGCCACAGCAAGUGCUGAUGGCCAGAUUUAUAUCUACGAUGGAAAGACUGGAGAGAAAAUUUGUGCACUAGGAGGAAGCAAGGCUCACGAUGGGGGAAUUUAUGCUAUCAGCUGGAGCCCAGACAGCAGCCACUUGCUUUCUGCUUCCGGAGACAAAACUGCUAAAAUUUGGGAUGUUGGUGCUAACUCCAUUGUUAAUACAUUUACCAUGGGCUCAAACGUGUUGGAUCAGCAGCUGGGAUGCUUGUGGCAGAAGGACCACUUGAUAAGCGUUUCCCUCUCGGGAUAUAUCAAUUACCUGGACAAAAACAACCCUAAUAAACCACUCCGAGUUAUCAAGGGCCACAGUAAAUCAAUCCAGUGCUUGACAAUUCAUAAAAACGGUGGUAAAUCAUACAUCUAUUCUGGGAGCCACGACGGACACAUUAAUUAUUGGGAUUCUGAAACUGGCGAGAAUGAUUCCUUUGCUGGGAAAGGACACACCAAUCAGGUAUCCAGGAUGACUGUGGAUGAGGCUGAUCAGCUUGUCAGCUGCAGCAUGGAUGAUACAGUGCGUUAUACCAAUCUCAUCCAGAGGGACUACAGUGGACAGAGUGUAAUAAAGCUGGAUAUUCAACCAAAAUGUGUAGCAGUUGGGCCUGGAGGCUACGCAGUAGUUGUAUGUAUUGGACAGAUUGUCUUAAUGAAGGAUCAGAAGAAGUGCUUUAGUAUCGAUGAUCCUGGCUAUGAACCAGAAGUUGUAGCUGUCCACCCAUCAGGAAGCACCGCAGCUGUGGGCGGAGCAGAUGGGAAUGUCCGUUUGUACUCGAUCCAAGGAACAACAUUGAAACAUGAAGAUAAGCUUCUUGAGGCCAAGGGGCCCGUGACAGACCUGGCCUACUCCCAUGAUGGUGCUUUCCUUGCUGUCUGCGAUGCCAGCAAAGUGGUCACAGUCUUCAGCGUGGCUGACGGUUACUCGGAGAACAAUGUUUUUUAUGGACAUCACGCAAAAAUCGUCUGCAUCGCCUGGUCACCAGACAAUGAACAUUUUGCUUCAGGGGGCAUGGACAUGAUGGUCUAUGUUUGGACCCUGAGUGACCCAGAAACCAGAGUCAAGAUCCAAGAUGCCCAUAGGUUACAUCACGUCAGCAGUUUGGCUUGGCUGGAUGAACACACGCUGGUCACAACCUCCCAUGACGCCUCUGUCAAAGAGUGGACAAUCUCCUACUAGGGACCCCCAGCCACCAAGCCCUCUCUUUGGAAGGACCGAAUCAGGGACUUAGAAUUACCACAGUGGGACAUGUCCUAUAUUUCUGUAAUGCCUCUCUUCCUGCCCCCUCCACCUCCCGGUCCCCCCUCCAGAUGUGGGACAAGAGGAAGGGGAGGGGUUGAUAUGAAUUAAUCAUUAUUGUCCUAUCUUUACAGGGUGUUCAUAUCUGUUUAAUGUAUUUCGAAAGCUUUAGCCAGUAACAGUUUGCACAUUUAAAAAAAAAAAAAGAAAAGAAAAAAAGAAGCACUUAAAUUAUAUCUGGAGCUUGGGGGAAAAAUAAACAAACCCAAACUUGAUUGUGCUGAACAUUCCAGAAGGAACAACAACCUAGCGAGGCCUACUUUUGAAAAGGGGAGCACUCGUUCUCAGUGCUUUUUAACUACCCAGCUGGACGCGCUGGUGCUCCAACUCCAUGAGAGCAUUCCUCAUAUUUCUGCCCCCCUGAUUGACAGAACGUUUCUGUACUCGCUCUCCUCAUGAGUAUUUGUUGUGAUCCAGUCUUGGCCAGGGUGCUAUCUAUGGCUGAGAAGGCCUGCACCUAACUGUUGCCUCAAAAUUCCUCCCUCCUUCGCAGAUGGGGUACAUACGUAAAUAAAUGUAUUUACGUUAAUAAAUGUUUUAUGUAUUUCA